AUGUCAAUAUUUAAUUCUAUUGAAUAUGAUGAUAUUAUAUAUCGUCAUCGACAAUCAAGUGAUUUAUUAUGGUCAUUAAAAACUUGGCAUCAUCCAUUAUUUGAUAAUAAAGAACAAUCAAUUAAAUCAAAACAAUUAAUUAAUAAAAAUACACAAAUAUUAUCAAUAAUAACACCUGUACAUUAUAAAAUAUUACCAAGAAAUUCUGAACAAAUUAAAUCUGAUGUUUUAAAUAGUUUAGCAUUAAAAUAUACAAUUGAAACAUUAAAUAAUGAAACAAAUACAUAUGAACAAGCUAAAACUAUUAUUCAAGAAAUGUCUCAUCGUUUAAAUCUUCGAUCAGCACGUUUUCUUGCAUUUAUAUUUGCUAAAAUAUUUAAUCAAGUUUAUGAAAAUAUUUAUAUUGAACGAAAUAGUAUUGAUUAUAUAUAUCAUUUAUAUUGUUUAAAACCAAUAAAUUCAUCAACAACUAUACCAUCAUCACCAAUAACAAUAUCAUCAACAUUAUUUGCUAUAUUAAAUACAUUUUCACGUUCAUCAUCAUCAUCAUCAAUAAAUUCCGAUAGAAAUUUAUUACCAUCACCAUUAAUAACAAAACAUUAUAUAACAUCACCAAGAAUUAUUUAUUUACCAACACAUCGAAGUUAUAUGGAUUUUAUUAUAUUAACAUAUUUAUGUUUUGAAUAUAAUAUUCCAUUACCAUGUAUCGCAGCUGCACAAGAUUUUCUUGGUCUAGGUUUAUUAUCAAAUUUACUUCGUCAUUGUGGUGCAUUUUUUAUACGUCGUUCAUUUCGUACAGAUUUACUUUAUUGGACUAUAUUUGAUGAAUAUGUUAAAACACAUGUGAUACAUGGAGAUUAUCCAUUAGAAUUUUUUAUUGAAGGUGCACGUUCAAGAACAUUAAAAACUUUAUUACCUGUUCGACAAGGUAUGUUAAAAUCAUGUUUAGAAUGUUAUUUUCAUCGACAAAUUGAUAAUUUAAUAUUAAUACCUAUUUCAAUUAAUUAUGAAAAAGUUUUAGAAGAUAAUUUACAUGCAAAUGAAUUAUUAGGUAUACCAAAACCAAAAGAAUCAAAAAGUGGUUUAUUUAAAUCAAUACAAAUAUUAAAAAAAUCAUUUGGAACAAUGAUUGUCAAAUUUAGUCAACCAAUUCAUAUACAUGAUGCUUAUGAAUUAUUUAAAAAACGACAAGAAAAUAAAUCAAAUAGUCGUUGUGAUACUUUUGACCGUUGUAUUCCACGUGGUAUUCAACCACGUUCUAUUUGUCAACAAGAUGGAUUUAAUGAAUUCGAACAAAACUUUCUUAAUGAACUUUCUUAUCGAAUUGUAAAUGAACAACAAUGUUUAACAAUAAUCUAUCCAAUAACUGUUACUGCAUUUUCUUUUCUUAAUUCGUCAGUAGUGAUGCCUAAAAAUCGAUCAAUAUCAAUGGAACAAUUAUUUAUUGAUAAAAAUACAUUGUUUAUUGAGAAUACAAGUGUGAUUGAAGAUUUUUCUACUCAUUAUCAAAUAUUCUGGCCAUCAAAUAAUGAUAAAAAUAAUUUAAAACAACGUCUUUUAUCAAUUUAUUCAGAUGUAUUUGAACUUACUGGAAAUAAUCAUUUAAAAUUGAAAAUGACUGGUGAUCGUCUAGUCGAUGCUGCUCUUAUUAUGAAAAUGAUUAUGUAUCGAAAUACAUGUUUGCAUUUACUUGCUAAACCAGCUUAUAUUCUACUGGCAUGUCAAGUUAAUUCUCAGGUAAAAACAAAAAACAUAAGAAUUUGAAUCUUUUUUUGUCAAUUGCAUAUCAUUGCUUUUACGUAGACGAUAUAAAAAGUCGAAUAUUUUCGUUUAUAUGAUGUACAAAAAGCAAUACAUGUUAAUAUAAGGUUUCAUUAGUAUUUCUGUGAAAUAUUUUCUCUGUGAAGAUUUUUAAUAGAAUGAUUCUAGGAAUUUUAGAUCACAUUGUCAAAAACGAAAGAAUUAAUUUUCUUUUUGCUACAAUGAAAUAAAGUUAAAUUUGAAGGAACUAAUUUUGAAAUCGUUAAUAACGUUAUAAUAGGAUAAGAAAAAAACUUGAAUAUUACAAACUACUUCGGCAGAGUAAUUUACGAGAAAGCUUCCCUAUGUGUUGUCUUCUGAUUUCAAUGAUCAUGUUUUUUGCUUAUAGUAUUCUAGUGAAAACCUUAAUAGAAUUUGAAGUUAUAUUGAAACUUAACAGAGCUAUUGAAUUUCUAGUGUGUGUAUUUAUCAGAGAUCUCUCUAAGACUUCAAGUUAUUGGAAAAAUCGUGUUUUUGAAUUUCAUCUUGAAACUAUCUCUAUUUGAAGGUCUCAUAUACAGUAAUUUAUAGGACAAAUUUUUAGAGCUUGAAGAGUUCGUAUGUCUGAUCUAUGAGCUACUUUAUACAUGAUCUUGAAAUCAAGAUAAUGUUUCAAGAUAAUAUUCAACAACGUAAUUUUUUCGAUAAUCUUAGGUCGUACAGAGAGGUCUCUAGAAUAUUAUAUCAGCAAUAAAUAAUUGAAAUCGGAAGGAGACAUCUGAAGAGAUUCCUUCGGUUAGAAGAAGAAAAAAGAUAUAUGUUAAUAGACUAAAUAGAAUUUGUUAUGUAUUAUGAAAUUAUCUAUCUUCUGUCAUCAAUACAAGAACUUGUCGUAAUAUAUUUGAAUGAGAAUCAGUGUAUAAUUGAAAGAAAACAUUUGUAAAAAAAAAAGUGCUGGAAAUUGUCGUGUUCUAGUUUAACAUUUCGAUGAUUAAUUCAUGAAGUACGUUUAAAUCGAACGAUUUCAAUAUACAGAAACUAUCGUUAUGUGUAAAACGUCUAAUUAUUAUAGAUGACGUAUCGCUUCCUAUGCAUAUUUCGAUAUUGUAAGAGUACCGGACACAAUCAGUGUUGUUUAAGAGGAAAGCCGUCAUCGAGAAAUAAAUUCUAAUAAAAAUAAGUACCGAAGUGAUGUUGAACAACAUGAGCAAACGUUAUGAAUUUUUAUUUUUUUACAUUGUAAUACCUGUAUUCUCGUAAUGAUAAAAGAAAAAUAUCGAAUAGAUACCAUUUAGAUCUAUUAAUAGCAAAAACUUCAUUGAUUUUUCUUUAAUCAAAGAUGAGUUAUUCAAAACAUCUUGCCCGUUAGGAAAUUUAAAAAAAUGGAGUUCUUUGUCAGAAGUUUAGAGUUCAACAUUUUACUACAAAAAGAAACGAUAUAUAAAAAAAUGUUCUAUAUAAAAGUUACUCAAUCUUCAAUGAGUUUUCGUAAUACUAGAUCAUUUCUUAAUAAACAUGCCUACAUCGAAUAAAAAAUACUAUCGAUUAUGGAAUUUCACCUUUUUUUUCUUUGAUAUUUUAACUGUGAAGAUCUACGAUGAUAAAAAUGUAUCUCUGUUCUGAUCUAUAAUUAAUAUAAAACAUAUUUUCUAUGAAUCGAGUGAUUUACUGUUAUCAUCCCGUCAAAAUCACAAUCGUUUACAUUCACAGUACGAUUUUCAAGCUUUUAUUUUAUAUGAAAGAGUAUACAACUUAGUUUCUUCCAUAAACAGCAACGAAAAAAACAGAGAUAAUCUCAAAUUUCACAAAAAA